ACUACAACUCCAGUGCUGCUCUGGGCAGUUUCGAUGACGUGACAAGGGCAUUGCAUUCGUCGCAGUAACCUUUCCUGUCUGCCUGGUGGUGCGUUUGCGCCUCCUGUGUCUUGUAAAGGGGAGGUGAAGAGGACUAGAUUACUUUCCAGAGUUCAAGGUUUGGUUUCGGCGUUCGUCCGGCGUGAAGGGUUUCUUUUAACCGAGGCACCAAAGCCCCUUUUUCACAUAGCCAAGAUGCUGAACAUGUGGAAAGUGCGGGAGCUGGUCGACAAAGCGACCAACGUGGUGAUGAACUACUCAGAGGUGGAGUCUAAAGUCAGAGAAGCCACCAAUGACGAUCCCUGGGGACCAUCGGGACAGAUAAUGACUGAAAUUUCCAGAGCCACCUUCAUGUAUGAGCAGUUCCCAGAGGUGAUGAACAUGCUGUGGGCCCGCAUGUUGAGGGACAACAAGAAGAACUGGAGGAGAGUCUACAAGUCGCUGCUGUUGCUGGCACAUCUAAUCAGGAAUGGGUCCGAAAGGGUUGUCACCAGUGCCAGAGAACAUCUGUAUGACCUGAGGUCGCUGGAGAGCUAUCACUGUGUGGAUGAGAACGGGAAGGAUCAAGGAAUAAAUGUUCGGCAGAAGGUGAAGGAGCUCGUGGAGUUUGUUCAGGAUGACGACAGGCUGAGGGAAGAACGGAAAAAGGCCAAAAAGAACAAAGACAAGUUCAUCGGCGUGUCCUCUGACAGUAUGGGAUUUCGAGGUUACGCGGGCGACAGGUACGACUCCAGCGACAGCCGUGGAAAAUGGGACGACGACUGGGAGAAGAACAAAGGACCUUUCCCUUUCAGCGAGAAGCUGGGGGAGAUAAGCGACAAGAUCGGCAGCACCAUCGACGACACGAUAAGCAGGUUCAGGAACAAGGAGCGAGACGACUCGCCAGAUCGAUUCAGCGACAACGAGGAGGACCGGGACCGCUCUUCGUACAACGGGCAAUCAAAAAAAGACUUCAAAGACGAAGAGGAGACGGUUACAACCAAGAGCGUCCACAUCGUGCAGGCGACGGAGACCACAGCGACACGGAAGAGAGGCGCACCGUCCAAAAAGGUGGACCUGGGGGCCGCCGCCCACUACACGGGCGACAAGAGCCCGGCCACCACCGCCAAACAGACCCAGCCGGCUGCAGCGCCGCAGCCUGCCAGCACGGGCCUGGCUGACCUCCUGAUGGUGGACACCACACCCACCCAGCCUGCUGCCACAGAUCUUUUUGGCGGAUUUGCUGACUUCGCCUCGCCCGCCGCCUCAGCUGGACAGGUCUCAGGAUCCGCAGCCGUCUCCAGCCCCAACGGAGAGUUUGGAGAGUGGAACGCUUUUCCUGGAGGCCAGAUUCCAGCGUCUGCCCAGAGCGCCGACACCAGCGGGGGGGACCUUUUCGGAGCCAUGGCGGCAGCUUCCCCCGCCGCACCGGCCGCCGCCCCCGCCGCCGCCUCUGCAGACCUGUUUGACCUGAUGGCGCCGACCCAGACGCUCACCUCCUCCCAGAGCCUCAACUUCAGCAUGAGCAGCACGCAGACGCUGAGCGCUAACGUCAUGCCUCAGCCCGUGUCACAGCCUUUCCACAACAUGGGGGGUCCUCUGCAGCCGCAGCCCAUGCAGCAGGGCAUGGCCUCGCAGGGCCCCGGAGCCAAAGCAGCCCUUCCAUCCACUUGGUCCGAUCCCUCGGUGAACAUCAGCCUGGACUUUCUGGGGCCGGGCGUGCAGCCUCCCAAGCCUAGCCAGCCCAGCCUCAACACCCUCCAGCAAGGAUUCCCCGGCAGUCCGACGGCUCCCACCAUGCUCGCCCAGGGAUUUUCCAGCAUGACUCUUGGACCUACGCCAGUCAGACCUCCGGUUAAUACCAUGAUGCAGCCCGGCGCUGGCAUGGGAAUGGGUCUGGUUCCUAACCAGGGCAUGAUGGGGAUGGGCAUGAACAUGGGGAUGCCGCACGGAGGUAUGACCAUGGCAAUGCCUGCUGGGAUGGGGAUGGGGAUGAACCCUGCGAUGGCUCAACAGCCCAAGCACGACGCCUUCGCUGACUUUGGCAACUUCGGAAAGUGACGGCACCGGAAAAAGCGGAGGCCGUCAGGAACGGUGGCAGCGUCUCGGCCGUCCACGGGUAAAGGAUCAUCAUGAGCUCCAAACAAAGAGUACUUGAAAAAUAUCAACUAUACUAUCACGCCCUGCCAUCUCCCUGUUGUCAUUUGUUUUUAACAGUUCUCUGGUGAAAUGGAUCUGAAUGAAUGUGUGCCGAUUGAACCAAUGAUGUGUGCGGUCAUGUUGGACGCUGAGACGGCGUGCCUUGUUUUGGUUAUUGUCCAACUGAGAAGAAAGUGCCACUGGGAAAGCGUCGCUUUAUAACCUCAAUCACCCAAAAUCAGAGUAGCAAAAAAAAAAAAAACAUUAGUAGCUACAUCAUUCGUUAAAAAUCCACUCCAAUAACUUUAAUGAAUCAUUUGGAUAACCCGAUCAGCCAUUUUUAACUUUCUAACACGUCGAAGAAUGUCAAGUUACCUCUUUGUUUCUUCAGUUGUCCUUCGCUCUCCGUCUUCCUGUAAAUAGAAAUGUGGAGCCCUUUGCAAUAAGUUAUGAAGUUCACGGAGAGAGGCGGCGCAGACGCGACAAGCUGUAUCACACAGACCAAAUCUGCUACGAAUGAAGAUCUAUGACAAAGCACGCCGAUGCUUUCUCUUUGUACAAAAGUGUCGCCGCUCCAAAUGUGGCUUUAAGUGUUACACUUGGGGGCGGGGCGGGGCGGGGGGGGAUGAUUAUUAAUUGUUUGCAGUGAAAAAGUUGUCGAUUCAUUCAAGGAACUCCUGCGUUUUGGUUCAACUGUAAUUUGUGGCCUUUUCUUAUUAGAAUAUAUCGAUAUAUUUUACCUAUGAAGAAUAUUAUAAUCAGUUUGCGUCCAGGUGUGAUAAUCAAUAAAGAGGACUGCCCCAUGCGGCGGGGGGGGGGGGGCUUAUGGGGGUUUUAUUACAGCACAGACCUGGCAGCGGACCUCAAACAGGACAUGUUUGUACUUGGUGCCUGAAGCCAAGCGGUGCUGUCUGCACACACGUCCCAUGCAAAUGAGAUCCUUCUUUUUAACUCUGUUUUGUCUAUCCCAUGCACCUUUUUUCUUCUUCUUCUUUUUUUUUUUUGUAAGUGUGUCCAGACUAUUCAGGCCAGAGUUCCAGCCACAGCGGCGUAUUUCCUCAGCCGCUCGGGUGGAUAAUCCACACUGUUCAGAUUGUGAGCUGCAUCUCACAAACGGUGAAUGUUUGGUGCAUUAUUAUUAUUCUUUUUUUUUUUUUUUGGGUAUGCGGUGCCUUCCAACAUCAUCGUUGCACGUUACGACCGCCGCGGAUGAAUCCUCCACCGUCGUAACAAUCGACAAGUCGGUGUGUUUUGCAGCUUGUCAGGUACGGAUUAAAAGGACGAGGCGAAGCGCUUUGCUGAGUGAAUUCAGCAUCACCACCAUCACCACCACCUUUUAAUUUAACGUGUGAACACGGUUGGUCCUAAGUGAUUCCAAGUGCCUGUCUCUUGACCCUUGCAAUGAGUGAUUGAUAAUCAGAACUGAACUUAGGUAGCCUGGCUUUUUUUUUUUUUUUUUUUUUAAGGCAUGUGUCUGAGAUAAAUAAUUCAGCGAGAAGAGAAGAGGGCAGCAGCCCCUCAGGAGGAUUCAACUCGUGCUUUCCGACUCUCCUUAAGGGCUCCAGCUCCAGAGCGCAGUAACACGUAGUAGCCUUGCGUUGAUGUCUGAAGCAUUAAAAAUGACCAAAAUCUGUUUGCUGUUUUUUCUAAUGUAUAUCAGAAAAUUGUUUUAUGCAUUCUCUUUUCUACUUUAAAUCCUCUUUUUUUUUUUUUUUUUUUUUGGUCCUCCUUUUUAAAACGGGAUUGUUACUGAAACACUAGUAUAUGCAAAUGUACGAGAGAACCCUUUUGAGAAAAUGAGAUCUUGCAAUGCUCCCAUUCUGAUUUGAUUUGAAUGUCAAAGAUUCCUUAUGGACAACAUUAAACAGUUGAUUUAAA